AAAGCGGAAGUGCCAAAACACCACCCGUAGAAAUGAAAGGAAAGACGAUCUCGAGAGUUGCAUGAUGAGGCACUUGGUUGUGUUGUAUUUUACCGGCUUGAGUGUUUUGAUUGUUUUGAGUUUCUGUGAAGAAGACAGAUACCUUAUGGAUGAAUCAACUGGCUACACAUAUGACCCCAAAACGCCUCUUGUUAUGUGCUCUUACCUGCCUUUAGAGUUUCUCAACUGUAGUGCCCCCGAAGAUCUCAAAGGCAAUGCUACCAAGAGAAGUGAACAAGGGUAUGGUUGCUCGAAGUGGGGUGGAGAAAAGUAUGAAGAUGUCCAGAACACGAGUGUUUGGUGUACUGCUCUGCCUGGCAUUGAGUGCUAUGGAAACAGGACCUUUCUACGGGAUGGAUUUCCUUGCAUAAUGUAUAACAAUCAUUACUUUGUGACUACACUGAUUUAUUCUGUCCUGCUGGGGUUCCUGGGCAUGGAUAGAUUUUGCUUGGGUCACACAGGGACAGCUGUGGGAAAGCUGCUUACUCUUGGUGGCCUGGGCAUUUGGUGGAUCAUUGAUGUGGUGUUGUUAGUGACAGGACAGCUGAAGCCUGCAGAUAAAAGUAACUGGGUUCCCUAUUACUGAGGUGGGGUAAGACGUUGAAGGAGACUGGACCUCUUUUGACUUGGACCAAGUUGGUGCGAGUCCAUUUGGUGGUUUAUUGUGAUAAUACAUUGUACCGUAAAUCCUGUCUGAAUGACCAUGGUUUACCUGAGCUCUGUCAAUUGGACAUAAGAGAGUUGUAAAGAUAUAAACCUCUAAUAUUAUCCUUAGUGGUAGACUAGGAGACCAUCAAGUGGAAAAGUUGUUAAACUGGUCCAGUGGUAGACUCAAGUUGAACCAAAGAAUCAUGCUAGACCGUCAAGUGGACUACCACAGAUCGAGCCUAUGCUGAGCAGCCUAUGGAGUUUCCUGAGUACCCGUGGUGGCUUAGUGAAGACCGUGGACCAUGGCAAUGAUGUUCUAUUUGUGACACGAGAUCAGUGUGAUUUAGUACACAGAAGGAGACGGAGAGAGAAAGUCAGAUUUAUAUCAUUCUUGAGAGUAAACCACUGGAACAUGUUUGAAGCAUUAAUAUUUAUGAGCACAUUAUGAAGAAAUAAAAUUGGAUAGGUGCGUAAUUAAACGAUGGCUAGUGAUGUCUGCAGACUUACUCUGUUUUUGUGUGUUAUGACUGGAGAUUUCACAGAGGAAAUUUGAAUGGAUAGUUUGCUCACCCACUCUGUGCUUUGAUCCAUUAGUUUGUAGAAAAACAAUCGCAAAGACUGUAAGGUAAUGAUUCUUUUUUUUGUCUGUGAACUCCGUUGUGUUUCCCUACCAGGUGUACUGACUAUUUGAUUCAAAAUUUUUCUUUUUGGCUUAGUUGUUCAGUCCAGUAAAGAUCUCAAAUGGGUCUUGCCUGUUCUUCAUAUUCCUGUGAUUGUCACAAAUAAGUCUUUGUGGCCAGUGAGGUAACCUGUUUUUAGUAAUAUUGGACAAAUUUUACACAGGGAUGGAAACUGAUUAGUCCAAAAUUUUCUGAAUUUUUUGAGCUGUACAGAUUUGGAAAGAUACACUUCUUCAAUUGUAGAUUAGUACACAUAGUAGAAAGACUCACCAUUAAAAAUAGAUGGACCCACACUCUCUCCAGCCUCCUCUUGAUCAGCACUGGAAUUUGUUUCUGUCUGAGCCACUGUUCUGCGUUCAAUAUGACGUCUUGGCUUUGCUGGUGCCUGCAAACAACAAUUUUGAAUGUGUUCAUAGCUUGCCUGUUGGCUCCAGCUAGUGAGUGGUCGUUUGUUUACUCGCGCCUUGCCCGAAGUCUUGUGAGGUGUCUUUUAGGCCUAUGUCACAAUAACUAUUCUAAAGGUGCGUUCACUCUACAUGUCCUAUUCUAAAGGUGUGCUCACUCUACAUGUUCAAAGGUGCGCUUACAUCACAAGAGUGGCGGCUGGGGUAUUUUCUCCAGUCAAGCGGGCAGCAUUGACUGGGCCUGUGUUGAAAGCGAGGCUCGCGCGGUCCACAUCUUUUUUAGGUCUGUGGAAUGAACAGACUGAAGUUCCCACGCACGGGUCCUAGGCCUUAAAGCCCGUAUACAAACAAUUUGCUGAUUGCCGCAGCUGAAGACAAGUGAUGCGCGAGCAGACUAACAUACGGGUCACGCCACAUACGGAAAACAGUUCGCUCACCCUUAUGGAAAAUGAUAAUUUCACUUUACUGGUCGACCGAGUGCUUACGGAGGCCACUUACAGAUGUUAGGUCCCUCUUACGAAAAAUGAUGGAGCAAAUUAAAAUUAUAGAUUUCCAUAAAUUUACGGGAAAUUUCCAUCCCUGUGUAUGCAAGUCUGUCCAUUAUUCUUAAAAACUUGAUUUAGAAUGUGAGUGGAGGAAUGCACAGCCAGCAGUAUUGUGAUACCAAUAUAAUAAUAAUAAUAAAUUAUAUGUAUUUGUUUUGUUCAGUUGACAGUUUUAUGUCUCCUUCCUCUUUCAGCCUCAUGUCUUUUCCUUUUCACUAUUUCUCCAUGGGUUUCUCUCAAGCAUGCUUUCUCUCAAAAUUAAGUCAGAUGUGUAUGCCAUUUACCCACUUUGAAGUUUAGUUUGUAUUCGUCUAGUAACAGACAAACAUAUACAUUAACAGUAGGUUUGUGUAUGUUUCUGUCAAAUAAAACUUGUUUGGUCUGUUCGGUUUGCUAUGGGUAUAUUGUUCCUUUCGUCAUAGUGAGGUUUCAUCCCUGAUCUACUUGUGAGACAACAGAUCUUGUGCUCAUGUGUGAGAAUAUGUGUCACAACGCGGUGGAAUGAGGAGCUCGUCAGUUUUUGGGCACGUUCGGUUAUUGGUUUCGUCAUAAUUGUUUGUUUGUUUGUCUAUCUUUCAGUAAAAAAAA